GUAAGGACGCGUGACCUGCUGCCGAUGGCCCUCCCCGACCUUACGCUCACACGAGCUUGGGUCGCAUCUCAGGACGGACCGAGAAGGAAGCGUCAGAGGUUCAGGAUGGAGGGGCGUUUAGUCGCCAGAGAGUUCUGGUCAUACAUAGUGGUGCUGUCUCUCAAUUUCGAGUACGUUGGUCGAGGUGACCCUCGCCUGUGGAGGCACUCGCCAGUGCUAUAUCCUGCCCAGCGGUCCGCCUACAAGACCAUCAUCUCCCACGUCGACGGCUUCUUGGAUGACCCACUGACUCGUCGGCCUGACAUCGACUGGUCCCAGAAGAUCAGCAAGCUCAGGGUCGACUACACUGGUGAGGAGCAGGGCGAGGCCUUGCCCAUCAAGCUAGCGGAGCUUAUACCAGGCCUUCCCGACAAACAGCAUGCCGCGCAGCUCCAGAUGGAGGAGUUCGUUGACGAGCACAUCCUGGAGUGGCUCAUGGACCCUGAAGUUGCCACGCUGCCUGCUGCGGAGUGGCCGCUGGACCCUCCUCGCGCCCGAGUCAAUUGCGAGAGGCUCGAGGACUGGUGCGAGGUCGCAGAGCACUUGAUUGGCCUCGGCAUCUUGGGCGUGGUCGACGAGGCGGACAUCUUUGCGCCGCCGGGCCAGAAGGUCUUCAACGGCCUGUUCGCUCGCGAGAAGAUGGGCAAGCCACUCGAGGGCCAGUCGAGAUGCACGCGCCUCAUCUUCAACAUGAUACCCUCCAACGCCUACCUCCGCAACAUCGUUGAGGACACGUCGACUUUGGCGGCCUCAGCUUCAUGGACCAGCCUCCACUUGCCAGCAGGAUGCGUCAUGGUGUGGAGCAGCGACGACCAGAAGGGCGCCUUCUAUGUCUGGAAACUGCCGCCAGUCUGGUAUGGCAGAAUGGCCGUCUCGGUGCCCGUGCCAGCGAGCUCUGCUGGGUUGCCAGGAGACCACCUGGUCUACGUAGCGUUCCGCGUCAUCCCCAUGGGCUGGGUCCUCGCAGUCACCCUCUUCCAGCACCUGCACCGCCGCCUGGCCUUGCGAGCACCGCGUCUAGGAGCUGGUUUGCCUGCAGAAGCGGAGUGGAGGCGCGAUCAGCCUUGGCCGCUAGCGAGGCAGCAUCCUCACGCGUGGUGGCAGGUCUACAGCGAUGACUUUGAUGCGCCCGAGGUCCUGGAGGCGGCAGAGGCGUAUCGGGUCGUGGGCACCCCAGGCGAGAUGCAGCUCGCCAUGCGGCGCGCCUACACCCAGGCAGAGGUCGCCUACGCGGAGGAGAAAAGCCACGCGCGGCAGCUGCAGCUCGAGAGGAUGGGGGCGUCCAUCGACGGCUGCGCUGGUACGAUCAGGGCCCCUGCUGACAAGGUGAUCGAGCUGGUCCGCUACAUCCUGUACGCCCUGGGCCGCGAUUGCUGCCCAUGGCUGCUUAUGCUCACGUUGCUGGGCCGCGCCGUUCGGGCCCUGGAGUUCAGGCGGCCGCUCUUGAGUUGCCUCAACUCGGUCUGGGAGUUCUCCACCAGGACGAGAGGAGGGCGCAUCAACAUGGGCAUGAGCCAGGAGCUGCUCGCGUGCAUCGGGUACCUGCCCAUCGCGUGCACCGACCUUAGGGCCGCGCUGUCGCCAGUCGCCACCGUCUCGGAUGCCUCGGAGGCUGGAGGUGGAGUGUGCGCUUCCACUGGCCUCACGCCCUUGGCAGUCCAGCAGCUCAGGGCCGCCCGCCAGGGAGCUAGGCCGGUGCUGGGGCCUGGCCGCGGCGACCUGCAGCCCGCACGCAGCUCCCCGUCGCUGCCAGGUGGGCGGCCGCGGCCCAGGGUGCUCAUCGUGAGCCUCUUCGACGGCGUCGCCGCGCUGGCUGUGGCAAUGUCCAGGCUGCCAGUCGACAUCGUCGGCAUGGUGUGCAGCGAGGUUGACAAGCCUGCUAGACGAGUCGUGCGACUCCGAUGGCCUGGAACCGCAGAUUGGGGUGAUAUCCGAUCGAUCUCCGAGAAGGACGUCGCUAAGCUGGCUGACACCUACUACAGCCUGUGCGACGUCUGCGUCCGUGGAGCUGGCAGCCCUUGUCAGGACCUCAGCGCAGUCAAUUUGUCGCGGGCUGGCCUGGCUGGCCCCAGUUCGAAGCUCUUCUAUGAGAUCCCGCGGGUCCACGGUCUCCUUCGUAAGCACUUCAAGGAGAAGCUAGCCACCUUUGUUGAGAACGUUGCCUCGAUGAGUCCGCAAGUGAGAGAUGCUAUCACGAAGGAGCUUGGACUCCUUGCUCGCGGGCUACCUGCUGAAGCUCUGUUCGCGCGGGGGUCGUGCCCGCUGGUCUGGGGUGAGAUCGGCACCUACACGAAGGGCACAGCCGAGUACGACAAGAAGCUGGCCUCAGAGUUCACAGGCGAGUUCCUUGCACUAAGUGAUCGCAGUGGGAGCGACAUUCGUCUAGCCGUGGGCCUGCUUCACCGACCCAAGGCGGGGCCGCGGGCGAGCAUCAGCCCUUUCAACUGGAACUGGAGAGUCGUGGUCUCGCUGAGGUGGCAAGGCAGCAUUGACAUCCACGUCCACGCCCGCGAGCUGCAGGGCAUCGCCGAGUACAUGGAGAUGCUCUGGAGCGAAGGCCAGCCCGUUAGCUUUGCCAACUAUGCUGUCGCUGCGAUGGGCUUCUUCUUUCCUUCAGUCAAACAGAGCUGGGAAUUGUCAUGGAGUCUGCUCAAGGCUUGGAGACACGCGAACCGCCUGUUCGCGCCCUGGUUCAGGAUGGAGGGGCGUUUAGUCGCCAGAGAGUUCUGGUCAUACAUAGUGGUGCUGUCUCUCAAUUUCGAGUACGUUGGUCGAGGUGACCCUCGCCUGUGGAGGCACUCGCCAGUGCUACAUCCUGCCCAGCGGUCCGCCUACAAGACCAUCAUCUCCCACGUCGACGGCUUCUUGGAUGACCCACUGACUCGUCGGCCUGACAUCGACUGGUCCCAGAAGAUCAGCAAGCUCAGGGUCGACUACACUGGUGAGGAGCAGGGCGAGGCCUUGCCUAUCAAGCUAGCGGAGCCUAUACCAGGCCUUCCCGACAAACAGCAUGCCGCACAGCUCCAGACGGAGGGGUUCGUUGACGGGCACAUCCUGGAGUGGCUCAUGGACCAUGAGGUUGCCGCGCUGCCUGAUGCGGACUGGCCGCUGCACCCUCCUCGCGCCCGAGUCAGUUGCGCGAGGCUCGAGGACUGGUACGAGGUCGCAGAACACUUGAUUGGCCUCGGCAUCUUGGGCGUGGUCGACGAGGCGGACAUCUUUGCGCAGCGGGGCCAGAAGGUCUUCAACGGCCUAUUCGCUCGCGAGAGCCUCCACUUGCCAGAAGGAUGCGUCAUGGUGUGGAGCAGCGACGACCAGAAGGGCGCCUUCUAUGUCUGGAAGCUGCCGCCAAUCUGGUAUGGCAGAAUGGCCGUCUCGGUGCCCGUGCCAGCGAGCUCUGCGGGGUUGCCAGGGGACCACCUGGUCUACGUGGCGUUCCGCGUCAUCCCCAUGGGCUGGGUAUCCGCAGUCACCCUCUUCCAACACCUGCAUUGCCGCCUGGCCCUGCGAGCACCGCGCUUAGGAGCUGGCUUACCUGCAGAAGCAGAGUGGACGCGCAAUCAGCCUUGGCCGCUAGCGAGGCAGCAUCCUCAUGCGUGGUGGCAGGUCUACAUCGAUGAUUUUGAUGCGCCCGAGGUCCUGGAGGCGGCAGAGGCGUAUCAGGUCGUGGGCGCCCCAGGCGAGAUGCAGCUCGCCAUGCGGCGCGCCUACACCCAGGCAGAGGUCGCCUACGCGGAGGAAAAAAGCCAUGCGCGGCAGCUGCGGCUCGAGAGAAUGGGGGUGUCCAUCGACGGCUGCGCUGGUACGAUCAGGGCCCCUGCUAAUAAGGUGAUCGAGCUGGUCCGCUACAUCUUGUAUGCCCUGGGCCGCGAUUACUGCCCAUGGCUGCUCAUGCUCACGCUGCUGGGCCGUGCCGUUCUGGCCCUGGAGUUCAGGCGGCCGCUCUUGAGCUGCCUCAACUUGGUCUGGGAGUUUCCCACCAGGACGAGAGGUAGGCGCAUCAACAUGGGCAUGAGCCAGGAGCUGCUCGUGUGCAUCGGGUACCUGCCCAUCGCGUGUACCGACCUUAGGGCCGCGCUGUCGCCAGUCGCCACCGUCUCGGAUGCCUCGGAGGCUGGAGGUGGAGUGUGCGCUUCCACUGGCCUCACGCCCUUGGCAGUCCAGCAGCUCAGGGCCGCCCGCCAGGGAGCCAGGCCGGUGCUGGGGCCAGGCCGCGGCGACCUGGUGCCCGCACGCAGCUCCCCGUUGCUGCCAGGUGGGCGGCCGCGGCCCAGGGUGCUCAUCGUGAGCCGCUUCGACGGCAUCGCCGCGCUGGCUGUGGCAAUGUCCAGGCUGCCAGUCGACAUCAUCGGCAUGGUGUGCAGCGAGGUUGACAAGCCUGCUAGACGAGUCGUGCGACUCCGAUGGCCUGGAACCGCAGAUUGGGGUGAUAUCCGAUCGAUCUCCGAGAAGGACGUCGCUAAGCUGGCUGACACCUACUACAGCCUGUGCGACGUCUGCGUCUGUGGAGCGGGCAGCCCUUGUCAGGACCUCAGCGCAGUCAGUUUGUCGCGGGCAGGCCUGGCUAGCCCCAGCUCGAAACUCUUCUAUGAGAUCCCGCGGGUCCACGGUCUCCUUCGUAAGCACUUCAAGGAGAAGCUAGCCACCUUUGUUGAGAACGUUGCCUCGAUGAGUCCGCAAGUGAGAGAUGCUAUCACGAAGGAGAGAGAGGCCCUGCUGGGAUUCGACAAGAAUUACACAAGGGUUGCCCACAAGGACCCUGAGGCCCAAGGACUCCUUGCUCGCGGGCUACCUGCUGAAGCUCUGUUCGCGCGGGGGUCGUGCCCGCUGGUCUGGGGUGGGAUCGGCACCUACACGAAGGGCACAGCCGAGUACGACAAGAAGCUGGCCUCAGAGUUCACAGGCGAGUUCCUUGCACUAAGUGAUCGCAGUGGGAGCGACAUUCGUCUAGCCGUGGGCCUGCUUCACCGACCCAAGGCGGGGCCGCGGGCGAGCAUCAGCCCUUUCAACUGGAACUGGAGAGUCGUGGUCUCGCUGAGGUGGCAAGGCAGCAUUGACAUCCACGUCCACGCCCGCGAGCUGCAGGCGGGAGUCGCAGCCCUGCUUUGGAGGACUCGCUCCACAGAGCACCUCAGCGCCAGGUUUGUCCACCUGUUUGACCCGCAGGUUGGCAGCGAUCACUACGAAGGGGCGGUCGUCCAGUACCAGGGCAUCGCCGAGUACAUGGAGAUGCUCUGGAGCGAAGGCCAGCCCGUUAGCUUUGCCAACUAUGCUGUCGCUGCGAUGGGCUUCUUCUUUCCUUCAGUCAAACAGAGCUGGGAAUUGUCAUGGAGUCUGCUCAAGCUCAUUCUGGGAAUAGCCGCCCUCCCCAUCGAGUGCGACGCUGUGGACAUCAGCACCCUCCUCGCAUUAGGUUUCGCAGGUCUUUUCCGCACAACAGAGGUGUUCACAUUGUCCAAGCAGCAGGUUGCAAUCAUCAAUGACGGAGUCAGUGUCCGCUUGCCUGAGACCAAGACAGGGCACCGCAAAGCCACUACCGAGAUGGUCGUUGUCGGCUGCCCCAUCGCAGUGGAUCUGGUCAAACGCUGGUAUGUACACGCAGCGCCUCCAGACACGACCAGCACACG